UUCAGACGGGGGCCUGGAUCAGACCUGGAUCAGACUCGCUUUUCCUGGGACAGAAACAAAGCGCGACAGAGCGAGGCUGAUAGCGGAUGCUGGCGAGCAACUUGCAGACACAGGUUUCCUAACUUCUGUUUGUGUGUGCGGAACUUGAAACAGAGCGAUCGAGAUGCGUGGCUUGUUUUCUACCAUCUUCCUGCUCCUAGUGGCCUUGAUGAUUAUCACUACGGAGGCUGGAAAAAACAAGAAAGAGAAAGGUAAAGGAUCGAAAGGGGCCUCCGACUGCACAGACUGGCGUUUUGGGAGCUGUGUGCCUAAUAAUGGGGAUUGCGGAAGUGGUUUGAGGGAGGGGACUUGCAAUGAACAGACCAAGAAGCUGAAGUGUAAAGUGCCCUGCAACUGGAAGAAGGAGUUUGGUGCUGACUGCAAGUACAAGUUUGAGAAAUGGGGUGAGUGUGACACUGCUUCAGGCAUUAAGAGUCGCUCUGGCACCCUAGUGAAGGCUCUCUAUGAUGCUGAGUGUCAGCCGGUCAUGAUGGCCACCAAACCCUGCUCAACCAAGAACAAAGCCAAAUCCAAAGGAAAAAAAGGAAAGGGAAAAGGAAACUAGAAAAAAGGAGACAUCCAGCAAUGGAAAUGUGAUGACCAGCCCUCCAAACCACAGCUUUUCAAUAUUCUAGCCCACUGUCUCUCUCUUUUUCUCUCUCUGUUGAUAUGUCAUACACUAGACACCUUUCUUCUCCAUGCUGUAUUACAGUUCUAGAGCACAGGAAUGCGGCUACUGUGAUAUGAUUGACAGAUAUUGUAUGACAUCGCUGUUUCACAAGGGAGAAUGAAAUGCUGAUGUUUGGAGGAAAACAAUCCUUUGGCUUUUUGUAGAAGACAGAAAUAUUACUCUCUCUGUCAAAACCUCACAGUUCAUCUGACACAAGAACUGCUCACACACACACACACACACACACACACACACACUGAUUUGUCAUAUAAAUACUUUUUUUUUCAAAUAAAAUUGGGUGAUGAUGCAGUAGAGAGUUACCUGAAUAGUGGAGUGUAUGGCUCGUGUUUUAGAAAGUCUUACUGCUUUUUGUAGGAUCAUUAUCACUUAAAAUAAAAGAUAUUUUGCAGUUCUGUA